CAUGCUCCAACAGCGGAGUAAAGCCAGUCAACACAACUGCCAGCAUGGCAGCAAAACACUUCUACCGACAAGGCUUUUUAUUACUUUUAUUUAACUUUAUUUCAACCGCAGUCUUUGAGAAAAGGUUCUCAGACUUUAAAAGAUGCGCCGAUGAGGAGUGCAGCAUGCUUCUGUGUCGGGGAAAAGCUGUGAAAGAUUUCUCUGGACCUGAUUGUCGGUUUCUGUCGUUCAAGAAAUCUGAAACAGUUUACGUAUACUACAAGCUGUCAGGAAGAAGGGCUGACAUAUGGGCUGGAAGUGUCGGAAGUCACUUUGGCUAUUUCCCAAAGGACCUUCUUGCUGUAAACCACCUUUAUACUGACAAAGAACUUGAAAUUCCAGCAGAGGAAACAGAUUUUGUCUGUUUUGACACUGGAUAUGACAAGUUUGACAACUACGACGUAGAUUUGCUCUUAGACUUGUCAGUGAAGAAGAAUGAUAUUGAGAACAUUGGAACAUCUGACCAAAUCCAAGGGCCAGAGGGCACACAGAAAGAAACACAGCCAUCAGAGGAGGAAGCAUCCAAGAGUGAAGAACAUACUGAGCACCAUGAUAAAUCCGAGGAUCUUAAUAAAGUUGAUGAUAAAGCAGUAGAGGCCCAUACAGCAGCUACACCUGAUGCUACUGAAAGAGCUACAGAAGAACAAGAAGAAGAAGAAGUUGAGCAAAAACAUGAACCACAGUCAAUUCCUGAAAUGAUGCCAGAAAUGAGUGAAACCAAAGACACACCCACAACGCCUGAAGUGGAAUAUGUGCCUGUCGAUGAUGUUUCAGAAAAAGAAUCAGUCUUGGUGUCUGAAGGAGUGCAAAUUCCUGAGGUGAAAACUACCCUUGGAACAACUUUUGAUGCUGUCAUCACUGAAGAAGAAAUCACAAAUAAAGUUACCCCAUAUGAGGAUGAUGACAGCGAAGAGUUGGAAAAUCCUCCUGAAGAUGUUAUUGAUGUUGAAGAGGAAACUCCACUGUUGUCUUUCUCUGAAGAAACUGUGAACACUCUGGCAUCUGAUUCUCUUAAAAAAGAGGAAACUCUGCCAACAACACAAGAUGAUAUACCAAAGACAUCGGAGGAGGAGGAGAAGACCAUGUGGACGUCACUUGGAGAUGCUGUAUUUUCAGUUGUCACUGGGGGAGAGAUGACAUCACAAGAUUUGGAUGUAGAGGAGGACGAUGAUGAUGAGGAGGAGGAGGAGGAGGAGGAACAGGAAGAAGAAUCUCCUGCAAAAACCCCGCAAGGUUUUGAGGAAGCACAGAGAGAGCCACUACCAAAAGAAAUCCAAAAAGAGUUUAAGAACAUCCAGCAAGUCUUUCAAGAUCCUUCUCAUCCCAGCUCUGUACAGUCAGAUGCUGAAAUAAGUGACAGUCAGUCUGACAAGCUGUUGUUUGAUAAUGAGAAUGAUGGAGAAGUGAUAGGACAUGAGGAAGCUUGGGAUGAAACAUUAAAACUAACUGAUGAGCUGAUACACCAUCAAACAACAGUGAAUGUAGUAUCAGUAGAUCCAGAAUCACAAGAUGACACUUUAGGGAGCCCUGAGUCUGAAAAAUCUGAUGGUAAAACAACACAGGAACCCACUGAGGACAUAGAGGGGAUGUCUAUGGAUUCAGAGGUCAAAGAGGAUAAUGCAAAUACACAGAACAGCAGGGUUGCAAUAGAGCAAGAUUUAGACAACGCAUUAGAUGAAAACAGAAAAAGUAUCAAUCAAGAGCUGGCCAUUGAAAAUAAAGAAGAUCAGGACCUGCUCACUGAAGAGAGGAACUCAGAUCCUUCAGAGGUCAAAGAUGGUGAAAAUAUAGCAGAUGACAGCCUGCCAAAUGAAAUACACAAACAUUCAAUGGCUUUUUCAGAAAGUAAUAACAGUCAAACAGAACUACCUAUUGAGAAACCAGAGGUCCAUGAGGAACCACAUGCAGGGAAAAGAGAAGAUGAGAAAGCUGUUGCAAUGGAGGAAGAGGGAGAAGAAUUACUUGAAGAUGAAAAUGCACUUUUUUUCUCACAGUCAGACACUUCACCUGAAACUAGUCUACCCACUGUGUCAACUCCAGAGAUACAAUACAGUGAUAGUGUCAUGAGACUGAGUCUGCUGAGGGAACACUUCACAGAGGAAAAGAUGGAGCGGGUCCAAAAGCUUCUGGGUUUGAAAAAUCUCUUUAAAUUGGAAGCCAUGUUCUCUGAUCUGGACACAGAGUUGCAGGCUACCCGUCUGACACAUGCAGGGACUACGCAGGACAUUGAGAUUGCGCUUGAGGGUAUCUUUGAAGCCUCAGAGAAUGCUAUCUUGGAUGAGACUGAGAAGAUGCUUGACAGCCCGGACAGAAAACGCAACUAUGAUGAACAUAUGGACACAAGUAGUUUGGAUGAGGAAACUGAAAUACUGGAUGAUUUUCAGGAGCUUGCUUUCAGUCUACGACAGAAGUAUUCAACAGCCAGUGACAGUACACCAUUAGCAACAGGAAAACCAUCAGAGUUUGAGCAAGAUAAACAUGAAUUAGAUGGUAAAGAGGACACACCCCCUAUUGUUGAAGAAAAGUUUGACAGCAUUCCUGAAACCGCGAGCGAGAACAACCUCACGGUAACAGACCAUGAAGAAAGGCCAACUGAGAUUCAAGAGGAGCCGGUAGUUUUGGACAAGGUACCCACUGGAUUGGACAUCAGCGUGGAGGAGGAUGGUGGACACUUCAAUAAAAACAAAGACAAUCAGCCAGGCUUCAGCGAUUCACAUGAGAUGCAAAAGGUCUCUCAAGCCCCCCUGGAACAUCCCCUUGAAAUAGGCCUUGGUGUUGAGGUUGAGCAUUCACCCUCAGGUUCUAUGGACUCAAUGGAGCCCGUAUCUGAAAUGUCUGAAGAGGAAGUGGGACUGUUCUCAACUGGAAUUGUUUACACUGCCUGCAUCCUUUCAGUAAUCAAGAAUAAAACUUCAGAGUGGACCAUUUUGAUGAUUUCAUUAUUGCCAGAAGAGUGGAAACCAGGGGAAACUUUGUUUGGCUGUCCUUGGCAAGCUGUUGUCAUCACUGCUUUAGUUGGAGUUGUGACCUUCAUCCUAUUCUUCUGGAGGACUGUGUUGGCAGUAAAGAAGAGAGAAUACCUUGUGGACGAAAAAGGACUCACAGAGCAAAUCCAGGCACUUAAAAAAGAGAAGAAUGAUGCUCUCGCCAAAAUGUCUGAACUUCAGAGACAGACUGAUCAACUAAAAGAAAAUCAGAAACAGUCAAAGGAAACAGUGAGUUGUACAAUGAAAAGGAUGCAAGACCUUGAGAGUAAGGUUUUGGAGGCAGAAACACUAAAUGAGCACAUGGCUGAGGAAAAGAACAAAUAUGCAAAGCAGCUCAAAGAAGAGCAGGCAAACUCUCUCCAAAAUGAAACUAGAAUUGAAAAAUUAGAGAAGUCAAAUGAAAAGCUGCAGCUGAGCUGGAAAAAGGUUCAGGAAGCCCUCACUAAGACUACUGUUCUCCUGGAUGAAGCAAAGAUUCGUGAAAACGCCAGAAACGUUCAACACAAAUGUCGUGAAAAAGAUUUUGCUGCAUUAAAGGAUGAAAACAAAACCCUUAAGGCUACGAUUAAAGACUGGGAGGACAAACACAUGGAGCUAAACGACAAGAUUAAAGUCUAUCAAAAGUCCCAGAAAGAGCUGGAGGACUCGGUGGUGCUCAAAGAUCACAAUGUGGAGGUGUUGUCUGAACUUCUGGCAGACCUCGAUGCCUGUGAUUUGCAGAAAGGUGACACCAAAGUUUUAGCCAAUGGUGAAGUAGCACCUGAUAAGAAGACAGCCAUAAAGAGUAGAAUCAAACAGAUGAUGGAUGUUUCCAGGGUCCAGACCACUCUCACUGUAGUUGAAGAUGAACGUGAUCGCUUCAUGGCAAAACUGCUGCAUGAAGAAAAGUCUAGGAAGGCUUUGGAAGAACAACACCAAGAGCUGGAACAUGCAAUUGCAACCUUAAAAAGUGAAAAGGGCCAUGUGGAAAACCAGUUCAAGAUCCUCCAGCAGAAAAAUGAAAUCAUGGUUGAAAUGUACCAGCAGAAGGAAAAUGCUCUGCAGCAGAAACUAACAAAAGAGGAGUUGGAGCGACGCAGCAAAGAGAGUCUCCUGUCUGAGGUGGGAGGAAAAGCUGUUGAAGCCGAGGAGCAGGUUAAGGUCUUAAGACAGCGCAUCAAUGAAAUGGAGGAUCAGAUGAAAAAGACAGAGGAAGUCUAUAAAGAACAGAUAAAAGAACAGGAAAACAAAACUCAUUCAAACUGGGUGAAUGCUCGUAAUGCAGAGCGAGCUCUGAAUCAAGAGAAGCUUGAAUCAUCAAAGCUCCGUGAAAAACUGGCUAUACUUACUUCCCAACUCAACGAGCGCCGGGCUCCUCUCUUCAGGCCAAACUCUGGUCAGCCUGCAGGCCCUUGCCAAGGUGAUUCAUAUGGGCCCUCACCUGUUAGUGGGGGUGCACCGUCCCCUCCAUUAAUGAUAGAGGGUCCCAGGCGCCCUCCUUCUGCUCCAAUUGGGCGAAGAAUUGACCCGUAUGGUCAGCGAUCUCCAUCAGAGCCACACAGUCGUUACCCUGAAAACAAACACAUUCCUGGGAUGGACAUGAUGGGCCCUCGUAGCUCAUCACCAGCCAACUUGGAUGGAACUACACAAGUAGCAGAUCCACAGAUAAAAGCAGAGAGUCAGGCUGAGGACUCCACAGAGAGUCCCGAGCCAGGACCUGGAUCCUUUAUAGCAUCACCUAUCAGAGACUCACCUGGCCCUAUUGUCCAAGGACCUCCACCUGGCCCUGGACCCCACAAUCCACUGCUCCCUCCUGGAGCCCAUGGUCGUGUGCCACCACCUGGACCUUACAGACCACCACGACCUGGCCUUUACCACCUUCCACCUGGCCCUGCUCCUCCAAAUGUACUUCCUCCUUUGCAUGGACCUCCAUUACCAGCCAAUGGACACCCAGGUAUGCCCUUGGCUGGACCAGUAGGAGGAGAGUUUGGACCUCGACCUGCCAAUGGACAUACAUUCCACCCCAGACCAGGCCCUGUACAUGAUCCUCGUGGUCCACUACCACCACACUUCCGUCCCCCUCCACCUCAUUACUUUGGGCCGAUGCCUUCGCCACACGGUAUCCGUGGCCCUGUUGGACUACGUCCGCCCAUCCCUCCUGACAUGCGCUUCCCCGGGUCGCGCGAUCACACCAGUCCACCCCUGAACCUGCCUCCAGGUGUCCAUCCUCAUCCGGUACAUCCAGGUGAUGUGUAUGGUCAGGCUGCACCAAAUGCCCUCCAGAACUCAGCGGGAACUCACAAUGUCCUUGGACAGGAUGUGCAUGCGGAGCAGGAGGCCCUUCAGGACUCAGCAAGGCCAGCAGUGGCCAAGCCUUAAAAAUGCCACCAGCUACAUCAGAGGACUUGAACAGCCCUGUAUUCAAACCUAUUACAAUAACAAACCAGAAACAUUGGUCAUAACUGUUUCAUAUUUCUGUUAUAAAAACAAGUGCUAUGUUGAUUAAAAACAAUACCCUUAGAUUAAAGAAUCAAUAAUUGCGUGUCUGAAAUCAAUGAGUUGAGGGGGUUGCCACUUUUCUAAACAGCUUACUGUGCAAUAACACUUCAUUAUACUUAAGAGGAUUUUCAUUUGUGUUGAUCUUUUAAAACAAAUAAAUAGAAUGAUUUUUAAAGGGCAAUUUUUUAAAUGUCAUUUCCUGUGGAAAUUAUUUUAAAAAAGGAGGAAUAGGUGGGAGGUUUAGUUACUAGCAUUUCAGGAAUACCAUAAUUUCCCAAAGCUGUUGCUUUAGUAUGACCUGUAAAGCAAAUGUGUAAUUUGAUGGCCAAAUGUAUAACUUAUUUUACUAUGUUGGUAGAACUUUUAAUAAUAAAGAAUGUAAAAGCU